UGAACACUUCCGGGUCGGCGAAGAGUGCUUCGUGACGUUGCUGAACCGUCUAGGAGCCUCGCGCCUGUUAUUGUUCUUGCCCCCCUCCCCCUCGGUCGCUUCCAUCUCGCGCCUCAGGACGUUUACGAGCCCCUUUGAAGACGUGGCAAAAAGAAGGGGAAAAGAAAGGAAGGGCGCGCUCGCCGGUAUACACCCGAGGGGCCGACGUGCGAGAUUGCUGGCGAUCGCUUCAGGAGGGAAAGGGCGGUUGGAAGGCGAGCGGGGUCGCUAACGGCUUCGAAUCUUCCGUAGCGCAAGCCCUGACACCGAGGGGCGGAGGGGGUGCCGCGUCACGUCACGCCACACCACAGAGAAGCGACAGUCUACGGAGAAGCCAGGAGGGGAAAAAGGCGGCGGGGAUCGGAAGGACAUGGCCUACGCGUAUCUCUUCAAGUAUAUCAUAAUCGGAGACACAGGUGUUGGAAAAUCAUGUUUAUUGUUGCAGUUCACAGACAAAAGGUUUCAACCAGUUCAUGACCUUACUAUAGGUGUAGAAUUUGGUGCUCGAAUGAUAACCAUUGAUGGGAAACAGAUAAAACUUCAGAUAUGGGAUACGGCUGGGCAAGAGUCCUUCCGUUCCAUCACAAGGUCAUACUACAGAGGGGCAGCAGGUGCUUUACUAGUGUAUGACAUUACAAGGAGGGAUACUUUCAACCAUUUGACAACAUGGUUAGAAGAUGCUCGCCAGCAUUCUAAUUCCAAUAUGGUUAUUAUGCUAAUUGGAAAUAAAAGUGAUUUAGAGUCUAGAAGAGAAGUGAAAAAAGAAGAAGGUGAAGCAUUUGCAAGAGAGCAUGGCCUUAUCUUUAUGGAGACAUCUGCCAAAACUGCUUCCAAUGUAGAAGAGGCAUUUAUUAACACAGCAAAGGAAAUCUAUGAAAAAAUACAGGAAGGAGUCUUUGACAUUAAUAAUGAGGCAAAUGGCAUUAAAAUCGGCCCUCAGCAUGCCGCUACUAAUGCAACACUUGCAGGCAAUCAAGGAGGACAACAAGCUGGUGGAGGCUGCUGUUGAACCUGUUUUUACUUCCUAGCUGCCUGAUGGGGCCUACUAACUUUCAUCCUCCCCUCUCUCCACUCAAUUUCAACUAUGACAUGAAAUUAUUGUAAGAUGGCAUCAUGUUGCAGAAGACUUUAUUCUUCAAAUCUUGUACAACUUUGAAUAAAUGGUUAAUGUUCACUUAAAAUACAGGUUUUGGAGAUUGUAUUCAUAUCUAUAUUUCCAUUUGAUUUUGAAGUCCAUUGUUGUGAUUAUUUUUGUCAAAUAUUGUCUUGUGCCCUUGACUACGAACUGUAUUAAACACUACAAAGUCAUCUGAGUACUUUAUUCAGUUUGUGUAGUUAGGUGGCCGAGCUACUGUGGUUACCUAAUGUUUACUAUUGUAGAACUGUCCUCAAUUUUGUCCAUUUUCAGCUCUGAAAAAAAAAGGGAUUCUUAAUUCUGUAUUUAUCAUUUACUUUCUGUAUAUAUAGUUUAACAACCUGCUUGGGUGUAUUUGCCAAGCUAUAAUUCUUUAAUGCAUUUGCAUAAAUUCAAUACAUUUAGAGCUUGGAAGUGCAAAGCAUUAUUAGAAAUUGCUUAGAUAUUGAAUUUUAAACUUUAUUGAUAUGUUAGCAUGUUCGUUGUCCUGUCAUCCUAGAGUCCCCACCCCACAAAAAUGCUUUAUGUAUAUUACUAGAAGCUACAUAUGUGUUACCUAUUUUAAUGCCAAAUGUUUGCUAUUUGCUCACCACUUCCAUAACACCUCUUCAGAAAUGGAUUAGCUGUUUGCCUUAAUUAUGUAGAUUAAACAUAUUAUGAAUGAAAAUAGAGGAAACUCCAAAUGGAACAUUAUGAAGACUUCGAUCUUAAAUUUAUUUGCAUCUUCAUUUAUAGGUAAAUGUUUUCAUCAAGGACAGUUUUUCAGCUUAGAUGUACAGUAACUGUGUAAAGUUGGUUUUCUUUUGGUUUGGGGUUUUUAUUUUAUUUUAUUUGGUGGCAACAUGUAAUCUUAAUAUGGUAAACAUCUUGUCUAUUGUGAAGGAGGUGUGACAAUAAAAUUGCCAGAUUGCAAAUA